AUGUAUGAAAAUUCUGGUUUCGAAAAAUUCAUUGUGGAGGAGUUGAUUCUUAAGAAGAGGGAUAAGCUCGUUGGCCAUUUUUCAAAGGAUGUCUUUAACAGCUCGGAAGAAAAUGAAGUUAUUGAUAUUUUGGAAGGGGACAUUCAGAGGACUAUUGUGAAUGGCAUGCCUUCUAUAACCUUUUCGGAUAGGAUUCACCAAAUCCUCAUUCAGGGUAUGGAUAAUACUGUGAUCUUAAAACUUCUAGGUCGUAACAUUGGAUUUUCGAUUUUGCAGAAUAAAAUUUACAACAUGUGGAGACCCUCAACAUAUUUGCACAUGAUGGAUAUUAAAAAUGGCUAUUUCCUAAUCAAAAUUCAAAACAAGUUGGAUUGCGAAAAGGCUCUUUCUGAAGGACCGUGGACCAUAUUUGGUCACUAUUUGAUUGUUCAGCCUUGGACAAUGGCUUUCGACCCUACACAGGCUUACCCAAGUGUAGUGAUGGCAUGGAUCAGAUUUCUUGCUUUACCUAGUUAUUUGUAUAACCGUAAAGUCAUUACAGAAAUUGGGAAACUGGUUAGAAAAGUGGUCAAGUUAGAUAUGAACACCGAUAGUAGGGCGAGGGGACGUUUUGCUAGAAUGGUGGUUUAUGUUAAUUUGGAAAAGCCAUUGGUUUCCCAAAUCUUGAUCAAUGGUCGAUCACAAAAGGUGGAAUAUGAAUCUUUAUCUACAAUAUGCUUUCACUGUGAGAGCUGCAGUCGAACCCUAGCGGCGGAAGAAGUGCCAAGCAAUUCCAUCAAAGGGGUAGUCCUUCAUGUCGAAUGUGAGCCUUCAGCAUAUCGUCCAGCCUUGACAUUAAAGGGGUACGACAAAGAAGAAGUGGUGAUGGAAGUGGGUAGUCUCGACUCCGGCAAGCACUUGGCAGUGCUCUUUCUUGGGAACAAGAAUGCCAAUAAUAUAAACAACACUCUCUCUAUAAACAACUCUUUGGUUUCGGUUCAGGAGGGGUUUUCCAGUUCGGGAAAGAGGAACAAAAUUAGAAGCAAAAGUACUGUUAAUAAGCAUAAUAAAAUUCUUCAUGGUAGAAAUGUUCGCUUUAAAAACUCUGGAUCUCAACAUGUUUCAAUAAAAAAAUCCAUGGAACAAUUAGCAAAGAGUAUAUCGGCUUUCUUUAAAGACAAUUUUGAUUCUGGGAAUUCUACCAUAAAUGAUGAACAAUAG